AGUUGUUGUAUCAGCAUUUUUACAGUUUGAUUGCAGCAUGUUAUAACAUAUUCAUUCAUAAUAAAGAAGUGACUCACUGCUCAUCUGGAUAAUCAAAACAGUCAUUCAACAAACAAACAUUUGGGAUGUUUGUUCUAAAAUUAUUGAUGGCCUUUGCUGGGUUUUCCGGCAUUUUCAUCUGUGCGAAUGGCCAGGAACUCAUCGAAUGCAACAAUAUAACUAAAUUCAUGAAGGAGUACACAAAGAUGCUUGAUAUGAUACCGCGAGAGAUUAUUCCGGUGUCGAAGUUCUGUUCAAAUUCGACUUUCGUUCAACAUUACAGUGAUGCUACCAAAACAUUCCAAAUGGCUACCCACGACAAAAGUUGUCAUUUGCAUCGCAACAGAUUGGACAUUCUUCAGAUGAUCUUUGAUCAAAUGAAUUCAAUUUGGGGGGUCGCUCGUUGUCAGGAUUGCCUCGAUAAUCAGAACGACACGGAAAAUUUCUUUCGCUUGUCGGAUCAGUUAUACGAUUGCAUUAGUAAUAGUCCACUAAACCCGUGCGAAGCUUGCGCCAGCAAUUAUAGUCUAGUGCAAGGCCACUAUGAAGGUAUAAGCAAAUCGCGUAAACAGCAGAUCUGCUUCGACAUUGAAGAUCAGAUGAAUCAAACCCGCCAUGCCUGGAGUGCCAAAUACAACUGCUGUAAGGACAAACAAUACUCACAGAAGGUCUUUAUUAUGUUUGCUUCGGCCAUUUCUUGCCUGCCUGUCAUGUUCUACGCGGCAUUGUAUAUGUUCACUCUACGCAAGGAGGCGCGUGAAGAGAUCGCCAGAGUUCCGUUGCUUGAUGAACCGGAACCGGAAGCAAAUACAACCGGUGAUGCUGCACUGCAGAGUUCUAGCCACGAUGAUUUGAUUAUCGGUGAAGCGGAUGAUGAACCACUAGCCAGUGCGAGUUCAGCUUUCGUACCUAAAUAUGCAGCAAUCCAGGACAAUGAUGAGACAAAGUUGAACAAUUUAGAUUUGAAACAGGUGCGAGAAAGCAGAUUGAUUGACCUUGCCAGUGAAGUGGAUGAUGCCGAUUCGAGCUACGAGUACAACCUAGAUGCUAAGCCACCGACGACACUUCUGGACGAUGAUGUUAGUAUUUUGGGGGUUCCUAGUGAAAGUAAGGUGAACAAUUUCUUGGAUUCGUUCUAGAGUUGUUCGCGGUGGUAAAUAAAAAAUCGUUUCAAGUCAA